GUUAGGGUAUCAAAACAUUGCAAAAUAAAAACAUGCCGAGGUGUUUCAUUAUUUAUUUUAUCCAUCUUUAACGCUCAAUAAAGACUUAAUUAAACUAUUUCCCUGAAAUCUAGUGUUGAGAAUCAUGGAAGAGCCAUUCACGAAAGUAGUCUCUCAUAUAUUUAAUAAUUGGACUGCCCUAAGGCUUGCAGUAGAGCAUUCAAUGGGAGGACCAAACAGUAGACAGAGUGCUAUGGAAUUCUUGAACUAUAUGGUACAAUACUGUCUCUACGAACCAAAUGUUGAGGUGGAAGGAAUCCAAGAUGCCCUGGAAGAUAUUUUAGAUGAAGAGUUUGAAACUGUAUGUGAAGAUGACUCUCCUAAAGAAAUUGCACAUCUUUUAUACAAGUUUUUAACCCUGUUGCGACAAGGUAAAUAUGAAGAGUGCGACCAAGAAUUUCAAAAAUUGCCUUCUAUAAAUUCAGACUGGUUAAACCAUCAAAUUGCAUUAGCAAACACUGCAAGGCAGGAUGAAGAAUCUUCAGAUGACAGCGAGGAGGAGGAGGAGACAAAUCAACCAAAACAAGAGAAUGCACCAAUGGAAGAUGAUGGGUGGACACAGGUGAGCCACAGGAAAAAAAGGUAGAAGAGAAUAAAACUGUGUUAUGUUAAUAAAUAUAUAUUAUUAAAAAGAAAAUGCUAUUAAACAAAAACAA